UUUCUACAACUACAUUUCAUUUCGUGCAAACAAAACAACAAAAAUGGCGACUAAUUUCUGGACAUCUACGCACUACAAAGAAUUAUUGGAGCAAGAAGAAGUGAAUGUUGUGCAUAAUCUUGAUAAGGAAAGAGGAAUUACACUUGAUGAUUUUAAGCUCAUCAAAUUGCAUAUGACCAAUUACAUUGCGAGAUUGGCUCAAAAUGUGAAAGUGAGGCAAAGGGUAGUGGCGACUGCUGUAACAUAUAUGAGGCGUGUUUAUACAAGGAAAAGUAUGACUGAAUUCGAUCCACGUCUACUUGCUCCGUCGUGUUUGUACUUGGCGGCAAAAUCUGAAGAAAGCACCGUGCAAGCAAGACUUCUUGUGUUUUACAUAAAGAAAAUCUAUCCUGAUGAAAAGUACCGAUGUGAAAUAAAAGAGAUACUUGAAACGGAAAUGAAAAUUUUGGAAGCACUAAACUAUUACCUGGUCGUGUUUCAUCCUUAUCGUGCAUUGUCUCAACUCGUUCAAGAUGCUGGGAUGAGUGAUGCAACUCAACUGACCUGGGGACUCGUCAAUGACACAUAUAAGAUGGAUCUAAUUCUUAUACACCCACCACAUCUGAUUGGAUUAGCCUGCAUUUAUGUAGCUAGCGUGGUCAAGGAGAAAGACAACACUGCUUGGUUUGAAAAUCUACGAGUCGACAUGAAUUUGGUGAAGAACAUAGCAAUGGAAAUACUAGAUUUCUACGGUACAUACAAAACAAUAACUGAUGAGAUGGUGAAUGCUGCCAUUCAGAAGCUCCCUUCAAGAAGAUAGAUCAAGUUUCACAGGUCAGGACAGAGAUGUAAAGGUAGCGAUGAUUGGUGAUGGUGAAGGUAACGAUGAUUGUGACUGCUGAUGGUGAUGGCGACAAGUAAUGUAGUUAAUCGAUGUAAAGAUAAGAGUUAAAUGCAAGAACGGUCCCCGUGGUUUGUUUCUUUUUGCAACGGCAAUCCCUCUCUUGAUUUUUUUAGCAACGGCGGUCCCUGAAGACAUGUUUCAGUUGCAACAAAAGUCCCUCUCUAACGGAGUUGUUAAUUAAUGUCGUUAAGUUUUCUAUGUGAGUAGCAAUAAUGGUGUAAUACUCUUACAAUAAUGGUUUUCAUCACCUAACGAUCGUUAAGUUUUGUUCUGGUGUUUAA